AUGAAACACCUCACAAUUCUCCUGUUCGGCAAUCUAGCUUGUGCCAGCAUAGUGCUCAAGUUAUCAGAUUCAGACGCCGCAGCGGUGGGCUCAUUGACAUCCUCCAUCAGCAACGUCCAACACACCUUUUACGGAUACCCCGACAACGACCCACCGGGUCCAGCAACAGCAUACAACUGCGGCGGACGCAAUUUCGUCGCCGGCGGCACAGGCACCCACGACAACCCGCUCACCAUGGCCACUGCGCCCGGCAAACUCAAUCAGUGCGAGACCAUCUAUGUGCCUUACCUGAAGAAGUACGUUCGGUUCGAAGACACUUGUGCGCAAUGCACCGAUGAUUGGAACGGCGGGUCGGGAAAAAGACAUAUCGACAUUUGGACCGGUAGUAGUACCAUCAACGGCGGCCAGAAGCAGAUUGACUGUGAAGAUGCCUUGACGCCGGACCAGCCAAAGACGAUUGUGAGGAAUCCAGCGGCGAAUUUGGAGGUUGAUGGUAAGUUUGAGUUGAUAAAGAGAGCCAGCCCUGAAGAGAUAACCUAUGCUUUGCAUCCUCAUCUCCAGCUAUGCGGACUGACAGUCUCUCGCCGAAGAAGCGAGAAGUUCCUAUAG